CCAGAGAGUGGAGUAGCAAGUGGGCAACUGGUGGCCCAGCCGCCCAGCAGCUAAACAAAACAGACAACUUUGGCAUCAUCCUCCGGCCCUGCCCCGCCCCCGAUCUCUCCCCACCCGCCGGCGACGACCGCGACACCCAUGGCGUCACGCACCACCUUCGCCGACGCGCUGGCAGCCGCGCGCCCGUACCUGCGGGGCGAGGAGGACCAGUGCGGCGACCCGGCCCUGCCGGCCCUCACCGCCGUGCUGCGCGCCGCGGGCGCCGGCGAGUGCUGGCACAAGCACGGCACCUUCCUCGCCCACCUGCUCGAGGUCUACCGGAUCCUGCGCCUCUGGGGCGCGCCCGACGCCGUCGCGCGCUGCGGCCUCUACCACUCCGCCUACUCCAACUCCUACGUCAACCUCGCCAUCUUCGAGCCCGACGUCGGCCGCGCCCGCGUCGCCGCCGUCGUCGGGGACGAGGCGGAGCGGCUCGUACACCUCUUCUGCGUCGUCCCGCGCCAGCAGCUCGUCCACGACGACCUGCUCUUCCACUACGACGAUGGUGAGCUCGUCGCCGACCUGGCCCGCUCCGAGGAGUCCCUCCGGGACGCCCGCCGCGGCGUGUUCAACGACGACGAGCCCUGGCGCCGCAAGAUCCAGCGCCUCCUCCCCGCCGACGGAAUCACCGUCAAGCACAUCAGGACUGGUGAGGAUGUGGCUCUCUCUAGGCGGGUAGCGGCGACAUUCCUCAUGAUGACAAUGGCAGACUUCAGCGACCAGCUUUUUGACUGGCAGGACCGCCUCUUUGACAACGCCAACGGCCGCCUUGAGUACCGAGGCAACACCUGGACGUCACUGUGGCCUGGCACAGGCAAGCCCGGCCUUUGGACCACGUCCAUCUCCCGCAUGGGUGUGCUCUACAGCCUAAUUGUUCGCGAGGAGGAGAUAUACAUAGCUCACCGAGCACACACCACCGGCAAGGAAGGCGACGACUCUGCCACACGCGACGAGGACAUCGCCCUGGUGAUCCCUCCGGUGUUCGAUGGCUUCACGAAGGUCCUGGACGCCGACGACCAGAAGGCGGCGCGAGACCUCUACUGGGAGGCGGUGUGCAGCGACGAGGAGGCGACGGACCGGUCCAAAGUGGAGGAGCUGCUCCGGCAGAGCGUCGCCAAGAACCCGUUCGUGGGGGAGCCACGGCUGGUGCUUGCGCAGAUGUGCCUGAACGCGGAGAUGUACGAGGAGGCACAGGAGCAGGCGGAGGAAGGGCUGAAGCUGCUGCUGGAGUGGGGGAGCAGCUGGGACAAGAGGAUGCCAUGGGAGGGGUGGGUGUCCUGGGGCAGAGCCAUGCUGACAAAGGCCAAGGAAAAGGAUUGGCCCCAUACCUCCUUCGGCAUCCUCAGCCUAGGCCUGGUCAAGUAGCCGCUGUCCGUCCAUGUUACGGUUGUCUCGGCAACAUAUGAUACGAUUAGCACGAAAGGUAUGGAAUGAUCUACCUGCAAUAAUCAAAUAAGUGACUUCACAGACACUAUUACACGACGAUGGAUCAUCGUUUUCCCUGUGAAAAAAAGAGAGACACAAUUGUGAUUACCCUAUAGAUAUUGUGUUCAUGUCUGUACAGUAGUCUUAAGGAAAUGCUUUGGAUGUUCUGACGUUCAGUAUUCUCCCUGCCAUUUGAAGGGAUCAAAACAUGAAUGUUGACUCUGUCCUUGUUAUGGUCUUGGCGGCAUAGGGUUAGCACGAAAGGUAUGAAAUGAUAUACCUGCAUCAGUUGAAUAAAUGAUUUCACAGGCAUUAAGAUCGAUUUGCCAUUUUCCUUGUAAAAAUAUACAAUUGUGAUGAUCGUAUACACAGUGUAUUGAUGUUUA